CGCGGAGCCGCGGGGCCGCGGGCAGCGGCGUAGGGACCGGCCGGGCAGCGGGGGCGGAAUGGGGGCGCCCGGCGGAGCGCGGAUGAGCCCCGGGCCCGCGGGCACCCCGGCGGGAACCGCCUGACGGAGCGGCGCGGAGGCUGCCUGGUCACUAUGAACCAUGGCCCAGCUCUACUACAAAAAGGUGAACUUCUCCCCGUACCGAGACCGCAUCCCGCUGCAGAUCGUGCGGGCGGAGGCAGAGCUCUCGUCGGAGGAGAAGGCCUACCUCAGCGCCGUGGAGAAGGGGGACUAUGCCAGCGUGAAGCACGCCUUGCAGGAGGCAGAGAUCUACUACAACAUCAACAUCAACUGCAUGGAUCCCCUGGGGCGCAGCGCCCUCCUGAUAGCCAUAGAGAACGAGAACCUGGAGAUCAUGGAGCUGCUGCUGAGCCACAGCGUCUACGUGGGGGACGCGCUGCUCUACGCCAUUCGCAAGGAGGUGGUGGGAGCUGUGGAGCUGCUGCUCAACUACAGGAAGCCCAGUGGUGAAAAGCAGGUCCCGACGUUGAUGAUGGACACGCAGUUCUCGGAGUUCACCCCGGACAUCACCCCCAUCAUGCUGGCUGCCCACACCAACAACUACGAGAUCAUCAAGCUGCUGGUGCAGCGGCGGGUGACCAUCCCACGGCCACACCAGAUCAGGUGCAACUGCGUGGAGUGCGUCUCCAGCUCCGAGGUGGACAGCCUGAGGCACUCCAGGUCCAGGCUCAACAUCUACAAAGCCUUAGCCAGCCCUUCCCUGAUUGCCUUGUCCAGCGAGGAUCCCAUCCUGACCGCCUUCCGCCUGGGCUGGGAGCUGAAGGAGCUGAGCAAGGUGGAGAACGAGUUCAAGGCUGAGUAUGAGGAGCUCUCGCAGCAGUGCAAGCGUUUUGCCAAGGACCUUUUGGAUCAAGCACGGAGCUCCCGGGAGCUGGAGAUCAUCCUCAACCACAGGGACGAUCAGAGCGAGGAGCUGGACCCCCAGAAAUGCCACGAUCUGGCAAAGCUGAAGGUAGCAAUAAAGUAUCACCAGAAAGAGUUUGUUGCUCAGCCCAAUUGCCAGCAGCUGCUGGCGACGCUGUGGUACGACGGCUUCCCGGGAUGGAGGCGGAAACACUGGGCAGUGAAACUCCUCACCUGUGUCACCAUCGGGCUGCUCUUCCCCGUGCUGUCCGUGGCCUACCUGAUUGCACCCAAGAGCAGGCUGGGACUGUUCAUUAAAAAGCCAUUUAUCAAGUUUAUCUGCCACACCGGCUCUUACCUGACCUUCCUGUUCAUGCUCCUGCUGGCGUCGCAGCACAUCGUCAGGACAGACCUCCACAUGCAGGGGCCGCCUCCCACCAUCGUGGAGUGGAUGAUCCUGCCCUGGGUUCUAGGUUUCAUCUGGGGAGAAAUCAAGGAAAUGUGGGAUGGUGGAUUCAAUGAGUACGUACAUGACUGGUGGAAUCUGAUGGAUUUUGCAAUGAACUCCCUCUAUCUUGCAACUAUCUCCCUUAAAAUUGUUGCCUAUGUCAAGUACAGCGGCUCCCGCCCGCGGGAGGAGUGGGAGAUGUGGCACCCGACGCUCAUCGCCGAGGCUCUCUUUGCAAUAUCCAACAUCCUCAGCUCCCUGCGCCUCAUCUCCCUCUUCACAGCCAACUCCCACCUGGGGCCCCUGCAGAUCUCUCUGGGACGCAUGCUGCUGGACAUCCUCAAGUUCCUUUUUAUCUACUGCCUGGUGCUUCUGGCUUUUGCCAAUGGACUGAACCAGCUUUAUUUUUAUUACGAGACCAGUGCCUCGGAGGAACCCAACAACUGCAAGGGGAUCCGAUGUGAGAAACAGAACAAUGCCUUCUCCACACUUUUCGAGACUCUCCAGUCACUCUUCUGGUCUGUGUUCGGGCUGCUGAACCUCUACGUCACCAACGUGAAAGCCAGACACGAGUUCACAGAAUUUGUUGGGGCCACGAUGUUUGGGACCUACAACGUCAUCUCCCUCGUUGUGCUGCUGAACAUGCUCAUAGCCAUGAUGAACAACUCCUACCAGCUCAUUGCUGACCACGCGGACAUCGAGUGGAAGUUUGCGCGCACGAAGCUCUGGAUGAGUUACUUCGACGAAGGCGCCACUCUGCCCCCUCCUUUCAACAUCGUGCCCAGCCCCAAGUCAGUCUGGUACCUCUGCAAGUGGAUCCACAACCAGCUGUGCCCAGGUGACGACUCUGACAACGAACAGAAGAGGCACGAAAACCUCAAAACCUUCACGGAACGACACGCUGACAACCUGAUUCAAAAUCAACACUACCAGGAAGUGAUAAGAAAUCUUGUGAAAAGGUACGUCGCUGCAAUGAUAAGAACUUCCAAAACCAACGAAGGUUUAACUGAAGAGAACUUCAAGGAACUAAAACAGGACAUCUCCAGUUUUCGCUAUGAAGUUCUUGACCUCUUAGGCAACAGGAAGCCCCAGAGGAGAAGUUACUCUACCAGCAGCACAGAGGUGUCCCAGAAGGACGAGACAAACGAGGACGGUGCUGGUGAAAAACCCAGAGCCAAGAGCGUGUCUUUCAAUGUAGCCAACAAAAAAAAGGACUUCAACGUGUCUGCUCUGAUCAAAACCAUGUCUGGGAUCAACAUGGUGGAAGAGAAGCCGAAAAGCAACGGGAUCAGCAAGCGCUCCUUCGUGCGGAACGGGAACAGGGUCCAGAGACUGUCCAGCUCCAAGAAGGAAUCCUUCAAGAGGCUGGGGCUGCUCUUCUCCAAGAUGAACGGGCACGUGCCCGAGCCCAGCUCAGAGCCCAUGUACACCAUCUCAGACGGCAUCAUCCAGCCACACUACAUGUGGAAAGACAUUCGGUAUUCUCCCAUGGACAGAGAGAGAGAAGAGAAUUGUUCCAAAAGUGAAAUUAACCUCAAUGAGGUGGCCUACAGCGGGAACACGAGACUGACGGGACAGAGCAAGGAGUGCCCCGUGGUUUGUACCAGCUCCCUUCACUGUGCUUCCAGUAUUUGUUCCUCUAACUCCAAACUUAUAGACUCGUCAGAGGAUGUGUUUGACUCCUGGGGAGAGGCCUGUGACUUGUUUAUAAACCAGUGGAAAGACGGGCAGGAGGAUCAUGUUACCACUCGGCUCUGAGCAAAGCUCUCUUAACUCUCACUGGAAAGCUCAGCCAAGCACUGGUAAUUGUUUGCUCUCAUCUGGUUCAGCAUCACUGUUUCCUUUCUGUCCACAGGUGAAAAAAAAAGUGUAAACCUACUUAUGUUAUAGCCUGUUUUAUAGCCAUCUGCACCUUUUUUUAAUUUACUUUUUUUUACACUCACUAAUACUAAACUAAUGGUUUCACCAUUUAUAAGGUUGCCAUAAACCACAGGAAUCCCUUUGGAUGCAGUCUUAGUCUCCAAACCCCACAGACUUCAGGCAAGCAGGUGGCUGAGGAGAGGAUUUCUCCAGUGCUCCCAUCAUCAUCCCACCCCAGCUGGGUUCAGUGCUGCUGUCCAACACCCCUGGCUCUGCAUCCUGCUCAGUUCUCCUCAUCAACACAGACAGCUGUUGAGCAGGAGGCUGAGAAUCACACUGAAAAUAUAUUUUUAAAGGGUUUCAACCUAUAACUGGGGUUUUUUGUUUGUUUCCUUUAAGCAAUAUGACUUCUGAUUCUUUUGGCUGUGCUUGUUUUUUCAGGCCAUUCUAUUAAUAUUGUAAAUUAUUGCUGAAUAUGAGACCCCUUUGAUCAUCUACCUGGAACAUGUUUUUGUUGCUGACGUAUUGGUUUAUUUACCUAAUUUCCCAUUUGGGGAGCAGAAGGACUUUCCAAUUAGGCUGACACUGGGAGCCAGCACCUGGCCUUGCCUCCAACUCCUGUGUAGAUGAAACAAAAAGAAAACCCAAAACAACCCUGCCUGCUUGAAAUACAAACCUCAGAGUGGUUUCCACCAGGCUGAACCAAAACCCAGCCCUAAGCCUGGCCCUUAUUUUGCAAUUCCUAAUUUUACUUCCAGCGCUGCAUUUAUUUUUUGCUGCCUCUCUGAUGGGUGUCAGGCUUCAUCGGGGGGAAAUGCAUCUCCUGAGGGAGAGCAUCUUCCCUGGGCCCCUGAGUGCAGGUCUGAGAAGCAGCACCAGCCCUGUGGAACAGCUCUGAGGUGCAACAAAAAGGAGCGUGGCACCAGGUGGUUUCUUUUCUUUUCUUUUCUUUUCUUUUCUUUUCUUUUCUUUUCUUUUCUUUUCUUUUCUUUUCUUUUCUUUUCUUUUCUUUUCUUUUCUUUUCUUUUCUUUUCUUUUCUUUUCUUUUCUUUUCUUUUCUUUUCUUUUCUUUUCUUUUCUUUUCUUUUCUUUUCUUUUCUUUUCUUUUCUUUCCCCAGCUGUGGGAGUGUCUGGACAGGGCUUAGCACUGUCACUGCUGCUGUCCCAAGGAGCAUCAGAGGGGGGAAAAACACAACCCCUUAAAGGGAAAGAUGGUUGAAUUCUUAGCAAGGAUUUUUAGGGGGUUUUAUUUUAAUUUUUUUUAACAAUGGGAUGCUUGAACUUUCUUCUGCAGUGUUGCUAAGAAACACAGAUGGAUGAUUGGCACACAGCACCACCUCAGAGCUGCUCUUGGUGCAGCCCAGGAGCUGGGGAAUGGCUUCACUGCUGCCCUCCUGCAGGGCUCUGCUCCCGGGAGGGGCUGUGGGAGCUCCUGCAUUUCCCCAGGGUGCUGCCAGCAACCACCUCACCCGGGAACUGGGGUGGGAAUUCCCUCUGGAGAAACACAACGCUGGAAAAAUCCACUGCCACUGCAGCGGGUCAGAUUUCAGCAGGGCAGCACCCAGGGUCAGGGGCAGAGGGAUGAGAGAUGCUGGAACACCUGCAGCUGGAUGCUCUGCCCCAGUUUUAAACCUGGCUCCCUCCUCUUGAGAGGGAAAACUCCUCUUGUGGUUUUUUUUUUUUCCUUUGGGCAUUUGUGCAGCUUCACCCAGAAGAUGGAAUGCAGAGAGAAAUGCGAGUGCUGCUGGGGCAGAGCUGAGGUGGCAACACCCUGAACCCAUGGAAGUGCUCAGGGCAGACCUCUGUGGCCCCUGGUGUUGAGAUAAAUCAGCAGCAAGGAGCAGAGGCUCAAAAACGUUUCUGUGUUCCUUGCUUAUACUGACAGCAGUCUCGUUAAACCCCAAAUAUUUAAGCCUCUGGAUGUGUUAGUUAAGGCAGAGUGAAAGGCAUUUUUUGUAUCAACAGAUUUCAGGCUUUCACACUAAUUGCAGGGUUAGAGUUGUCUUUGAAAACUGCAUUUCCUCUUCCCUCAUGGAAGGCUGAGCACACUGACAUUGGUGGCACACGAGGAGAUUUGCAAAACCCGAGGUGGGGAGAAAUCUGUGAUCACUCCACGAGGAAAUUGGGCACCCCUGGGUGGAGGAGCAAAUCCAGGGGCAGGGAGAGCCCCAGCCAGAACCUACCAAGGCAGCCCCACAGGCCAAGAAACCAAACCUGAGCACGUUUCUGCAAAGAUAAACCUUAGUAGGAGCUAAACAUGACAGGGGGUGGAUUGGGAGCCUUUGGUGCCUCACCCCACUGCAGCCUGUGAACUCUGCCUGACGUGGGGCCAGGGAAUCUUUGUGGCAGUUCCCUGGUAAAGCAGGAAGAAUGAAAACAAUUCAAGUACAGUUAUGCAGAUCACACCAACUGGGCUUGAAACUGGGCCAGAAACUGGGUUUAUAUCCUUGGACAGAGGAAAGGCUUUGAAGUGCUCAGUGAGGACAAGCACAGAGCCACUCACGCGGUGUCACCCCAGUGCACUCCCAGGUACAAACAGCACAAAGGAACAGAAUUAACUCUGCAGUGCUGCCCCCAAAAAACCCAAAUCCCUUCCCUGCAGACUGUGUGAGUCACGUUCCCCUGCUGUGCCCUGGAAGGUGGGAUAACAGAUCUGCAAUAUCCCUGGCAGUGGGUACAGAUCUGCAACCCCCAGUGCUGUGCUGAAGGGGGAGAUGCUUCACGUGGCUCCCCUGGGCUUUGUCUCAUGACUGAGAUCCUUCCUUGCUCCCAGCUACGAGAGUCUGAGCUGACUUUGGAAUUCAGCACAAAUAUUUGAUUUGGCUCUGAUUAAUACACGUGUCCAGGAGUUUGCAGAACUCAAAUUGGUCCCCCAAAAGGCAAAAUUCUCUUUGAUUGCAUCUAUGCAUCCCUGUUGAUAGCAAUAGACUUUGGAGCAGCUGGUGAAUUAUUAUUAUGCUAAAACAGGAGCUUCAGGGGAGCAAAACUGAAGUAGCUUCUGAAAAAUACAUUUGAUUAAAAAAAAAAACCACCACAAAAAGCCCAGGUUUCGCUGAAUUCACUUGCAGCACAGUAUUUGGGACUUCACCAGUAUUUUUCUGCUUUCAGUUGCUCAAAAAAGAAAAGGUGUUUUAGUGAAAGUUCUUUCCUUCAGAGGAAUCAGUGAAUGACCCCUGUGCUGUCUCUGCAAGGGCCAGGGUAGGAGCUGAUGGAACACUUGAGUUUCUCCUGUGAGGAGUUAAACUUCCCUUGGCUCAGCUGGUUCACACCCAGCCUUUAUUCUGUGGGCUUCGAGAAGGAUCCUUGUGUACAUGCAAGGAGUUUGGAGUUAGGAAUAACAGAGAUCUCAACCAUUUGCCCUUUCUUAGGUUUCUUGCUCUUGGAGUUACAUUUUUUUUCUCACCUCCCAUCCCGGUGUCAUUUUCACCUGGCUUUUUAAAGCAGCACACCUGCAGAUGGAAUUCUGGAAUGGUUUGGGCUGGAAGGGACAUUAAAGUUCUUGUUCCAACCCCCCUGCCUGGGCAGGGACACCUUCCACCAGGCCAGGUUGCUCCAAGCGCUGUCCUUGGACACUUCCAGGGAUGGGGCAUCAUCACCAAUUAAAAAAUUAACAAAUAACACCCAGGGUUAAGAAUUUAAUAGAGCUGGGAGGUGUUUGUACUCAGGUCAGAGAUAACCUAAAUUGCUUCAGAGACAAGAAAUUAACUGAAUUACCUGUGCAGGUUAUUUGGAUAACUGCAUUUGUACAUGGCUCACUUGCUGGUAAAUAUGUAAAUAUUCCCGUGUUUGUAGCUGUGUCCCCUCAGAGGAAGCAUGGGCAGUGUCAGAGCCAGGAGGGAGCUCAGCUCCAUCCCUGCUCUCCUCUGCCUCCCCCGUGACCUUGGGCAAGUCACCCAGCCUCUGGAAUGCCUCAGUUUCCCCAUCUGUAAAAUAGGGAUAAUAAUACUCACCUACCUCGCAGGGGGGGUUAGUUCUUUAUUUAUAAGCACUUUCGAAUUUAAAGGCGCUAUAUACAGUACGUAGUUAAGGUUGGUAGCAGUAGUAUGUACUUUUAUUUUCUUACAACUAAUUCAGGUUAGGAUUGAGCUGUAUGUCUGUUAUGAUAUUUUUCCAUGUAGGAAACUCCCGUGGUUUCCCCAUGAAGGGAAUUUAGGGGACUUCUGCAGCAGACAGAGAGCAGGAGCAGCAGAACCCUGGAAGCCUAAAUUCUGACACCUUUGCUUUUGUGAUUUACGCCUCACCUUCCUGUACUUGUGUUCCAUCCCUUUCCCGACAGCCCGUGUAAGAUGAUUUUUAGCAGAAACAGCCACUGUAAAUAUGAAGAGUAUUUAAAUAACUACAUUAAUGUAUGAAUAGAAACCCUUACCUUUUAAAGAGGAGACAAUUGGUCGGUACAACAGGAUUCCAAGCAUGGGGGAGCUCCACCGGGGUAGGGCUGUAGGAAAAUCUCACAUCAUCACCUGUGUAAUAAUCACCUUUCACCCCAUCCCUGGCAGGGAGCUCCCCUGGAUGUCACAGGAGGGCAGAGGAGGCUGUGACUGGAGCAGGGCAGCCCUGCUGCCUCUUCUGCCCCAGGAGAGGAGGGGAAGGCAGCCCCAGACACCCACCCAGGCAGCAGAGUGUGGCUGCUGGGGGAGCCUGGAGAGCUGGAGAGGGUCCCCUGCACCCCUGGGAGGGGGCUCCUGCCCCACAUUUCCCUGUACAAUGUUCUCCAGUGUUUGCUCCGGAUAAAGGUCUGUGGUUUGAGCAAGAGGAGCUCUAAGAGGGGACUGGCAGGGUCAGGGCACUCUGGGCACUCUGAGCUAUCUGCCAGGGACCUGGAUGUCAUUGACAGGGACAUCUGGACAGUCAGCAACAGUGUCAGCAAGGACCUGAAUCACCUCUGGGUGAUUUUCUAGCAGUGGAAAGCACCCAAGCACUCACUGCUCUCACAGCAUUGCCUGUUUGUCCCGCUUCCCCUCCCUGCCUCGCUUUGGUGUUGCUGCUUUCCUUUUCAAAGGCCCAGAAUCCCAAAGAAAAGCCAAUUUCAGUUAACCAGGAGGGGGUUCAGUGUUGGCUGAACACUGGCUGAGCUCUCCUUUCAGCAGUUAGCUCCUCCUGCAGUGUCCACUCCUGUCCCACAGACAGAGAAUGCUCUGUGCAUCCUCAGAGGCCGAUUCCCAAAGGGUCAGGAGCCCCCUCCCACCUCUGCUGCAACCCCACACACAGAAGGGCAAAAAAAUAACCCCAAACAUCCCAACCACCAGGGCUGCCUCGAGUUAAUGAAAGUUGUUUUUAACUGAGAGCUCCUGGAGGUGUUUUUUGGGGUGGGUGCACUGCAGGGACCUCCUCCUCCCCAGAGGGACUUCCAGCCCCAGCUGAGGGAGGGACAGGGCUGGUCACACCUUCCCAGGUGUGCUGGCAGCACCAGGCACUCUAAUUAACGCCAUGGUAAAAUUAAUUGGAAUCAGCGAGACUGUGGUGGAUAAUAAAUGCACUCUCUGGAGAAGCAUCUGAAAUAAACUGUCCCCCUACAGAAUCUGCAGUUUUCAGUGAAUGAAACAGCUAAAAAGUCACUCCCUUACUGGAUUUUUUUGGAGGAGAUAGAGAAUACUCUGGGCUAGCCACAUCAGUAUAUUUCCUAAACAUUUAUAAUUUGAUUAAAUUUCAUUUGCACGCUUCUUUCCCCAUUUCAGGCCCUUUUUAGAAAAGAGUAAUUUCUAUACUAUUCAUGUAGCUGCCUCUACCCAGACCAACAGCUGCCCUGCAGGCAAUUCAUGACCAAGAACCAUUGUUCUAAAAAGAAAACAUGUUUCAUCUAAAGAAGUACACUUAAAAAGCAAAAGUGUUUGAUCCUUAUCUCCUAAACCUUUGAUAGCAUUCAUUUUGUGCUUCAGGGAAACACUUUGACCUGCUCUGUUUUGGUUUUUUUUAAGGUGUGCAAAGCAAAACGAAACCCCCAACCAGAACAGCAAUAGAGCUCAAAGAACCCACAAUUUUAGACCUAGCUCAUUUUUUCCCUCCAGAAUCCUGGUUUGGGCUGGAAGAGACCUCUGGAGAUCCAGUCCAAGCCAAGGGGGGCUCCUGACAGACCCUUCUCCAUCAAUACCCACCCAGUGCAGACCCCAGGGCAGCCUGUCCCCAUCCCUGCUCUGCAUGGCCCAUUUGGGGGAUUUUUGGGGGGAUUUCUUUUCUUUUCCCAUUGAAAGCAUCCCCACAUCAGCAGCACCUCCUGAGGCAGUGCCCAGGGCUCAGAUGUGCCCCGUGCAGGAGCUGACAGAACACUGUGAUACCUUUUGACUAUAAAUAGUUGUUUUUCAGCCAGGGGGCACUUUUGGGUCUUAGCUAUUUUUCUGGCUAUUGUACAGUUAUUUAAAAACACUAAGGUGUUUAUAAGGCAGGUCUGGGGGUAACAGGGCUAAGGAUUUUGAGAGGCAAAUGACAGUAGCAGAUGCUUAAGUAUUCUCUUUUCUAUAUGGGAGCCCUGGAGACCUGGGCUGACUCUGAAAACAGUUUUUUUAAGCAAUCAAGUUUUAUUGUCAAAUUACAUCUUCAUUAAUAAAAAAAGCAACACCAGAAACAGCCUUCACACCCGAACAUAUUCUAAAAUGCCAUUUUAUUUUGUGGAAUAAAAAAAGGUGAGGCUUUUUUCCACCCUCCCACCCCCUUCUUCUUUAUUUUAGCUUUGCUUAAAAAACUCAAGGGCCUUUUCCAGGCAAAAGAGCUUUUAGAUGUUGUAAGAAUUUUGUGUAUGCAAAGACAGAAUGGGGACCUCAGAAUCUGCCAGUUGAGUGGUAAUAGCCACCCCUGGAGAAAAGGGGGAGAAAAGGGCAAGAGCAAAAAGCAAAAACAGAUGCUUAGUUUUAUGUACUUUUCUACUUGCAUCUCUUCCGUCCAUGUAGUGCAGACUCCAUGUCAGACCCUCAUAUAACCUGUACAAAGUGAAACAAUGUACAUAACAAAUAAAAUUAUUUAUUUUAUGUGUAUUUUUAGCUUAACUGUAAACUGAAAAAAAAAGAAUAAAAAUCAAAAGCAUUUAAUUUUUUUCCCAAAAAUGUAAGCCUAUUGAAAAAAUCAAGGUGUUUCUACCUUUUCAGAUGUAACAUUUCCAGCUGCCUAUUGAUAAUAAACAUUUAUGAACAGCAACAGAUGUGAUAUUUUAGAGUUUUUAAAACAGCAUAGACUUCUUAAGGGCUGUCAGCGGUCAGAGGAGCACUUAAGGGCUUUGAUUCUAUGGAG